AUGAAUAUAUCUAGAUGUUAUCCUGAUUUUAACUUUUUGACCAGAUUAGCCGGACUUAGAUCAUAUGGAAUUACGACAAAUAAAAAACGUAAGUGUGAUCGAUUUGCAGCAUUGAAAUGGCACCGAAUACGUUCGUUAGAAUUAAAAUCAUACGUUACAAUCUUCAUAUUGUUGACACUACCGCUUGGAUCAUUUUAUGACAUUGUCUUGACAAAAAUAAUAUAUACCAAUGGAUUAUACUUUUUUCCUAAUCUCUUUCCAAAUUUAAUAGUUCAAGAAUUUCCUAAUUUUUUGCCUGAUGAAAAUAAUCAGUGGAUUUCUCCACUUUCUUAUACAUUGAUGGUUGAAUUUAGUUUUCAAAUAUUUGAAUUUAAACUAUAUAUUUUCUUUGGAGUUAUGUCUAUGAUCAUGUUUCCAGUAAUACAAAUUGUAUGCGGUAAAAUUGUCGCAUUAAGAGAGGCUGUCCCACAAUUAAUUUAUGGUGCACUGUUAAUAUUACUUACUGUGUUGGGUAUCCAAACUCAUUAUCGAUUCGUAAACUUAAUCAGAAGAUCUUAUAAUAAUAAAAAUGCUCCUCAUAUAAUAACAAAAAUACGUUAUUUUAUUGAUAUGAAUAAAGUGUUAACUCUCACUUUAUUUAUUAUGGGUGCAAGUUUUCUUUUAUUGGGUAGUGACGUUCUUAUUAAUUCAAGACCAAUCGCUAAAAGCAAAGUAGCAAGUGACAUAUUGGUUGCUCACAUGAAUUUUGCCGCAAUAAUCGAAUGGCUUGUUCUCAUUUUGAUCUUCUAUCCUCGAAAAGGAUUUGUAGGAACAGGCGCCGGUGGAAAUUCUUUACAUAGUACAAUUCAUGAUUCUACUUCUCAACAUACAAAACAAUAUUCUUCUAAUAGUAUUAGAGAUUCUUAUGUUCAUCUAAAUUCUUAUAAUGAUAAUAAUGAUCGGUAUAUUGAAUCGGAUAAAUAUCCUUCAACAUAUCCUUCAACAAAUGAUUUUUCUUUAAAUGAAAGUACUAUUUCUGCUUCUCAAAUGUUACCGGCUGUUCCAACUCCUGCUGUCUCUCCACCUAAUUCAAUAUCUUCUAAUUCUGCUCCAUCAGUUGCUCUGAAAACUCAAUUAAAACGUAAUAUCUCUUUAUCAAGAGAUGGAAGAAUGGUAUAUGGUGAUACUAAACCAUUGGGAAAAGUAGGUGGUUCGGAAUUUGUAGCUGUGGAAAAAGCUGAUCCUAGUGAUAUGCCUUUUUAUUUGGGAAAAUCUUCAAUUGAUGCAAAUUCUCAACAAUAUCCAAAUUCAAAUGAACCGAAUUCAAGAAAAUCGACUCAAGAAGAACGUAUGCUAGUAUUACAACGAAUGAAAUCACAAAAUAGCUUGAUACUCAAUGAUAAGGAUGGAAGUGUGUCAAGCUCUGAUAUGAGGUCACAACAAAGCUUGUUGAUCAAUGAUGGAGAUAGAAGUAUAUCAAGCUCUAUUAUGAAAUCACAAAAAAGCGUAUUGUUCGAUAAUGAGGAUAAAAAUGCUUCAAAUUCUGUCAACAUCUUCAAUGAAGAUCAACAGGUUCCCUCAGCAUUGUCUCAUAUAACUGAGACCGCUUCAGAGCUGUCUUAUACGGAAAGAAGUUCUGAGGCAAUUAGCUAUGAAGAAAGUGAUGACGGCUAUUUUUAUGCCAUGUGA